AUGCCCGUGCGCAGCUUAGGCGCAGCUGGCAGUGCAGGAUCUGCCGCUGCGCCUUACUCGAAAGAGCUGCGCCUGCUGCUGCAUGUCUUGCAUAGAGCAACUGCUGGGAGUCCGAAGUCGGUGUGCGAAAACAUCGAGGGCUUCGGCAGCCAUUCGUUGGGCCAGUCGCGAUCCUGGCUGAAAUUGGCCGGAGGCAACAAGGCUCCAGUUCUGACUUGUGCAUCACAAGCUGCACCACCGCAGACCUCCGUGCUGGAGAUCGGCACAUACUGCGGCUAUUCCUCGUUGCGGCUGGCUCUUGCUGUCCCUGGGGCGAAGAUCGCCACGGCGGACGUCGAUCCAGCGCACGUUCUCAUUGCCCGAAAUGUUCUGGCCUUCGCAGGCCUCGAGCCUCCACGGGUCACGGUGUGGACCGGGCACAGCACGGACCUGCUCCCGCGACUAUCUGCACACUUCAGGCCCGGCAGCUUCGGCUUCGUGUUCAUGGACCAGCGAGGUUCGUUAUACCACGAAGACCUUGACGCUCUAGAGCGGGCGAAGCUUCUCCACCAGGGAGCGGUGCUUCUGGCGGAUAAUGUUCUGAAGCCCGGAAGCCCACUACUUCUUUGGCGCCUAUCGGCGGAUCCCAAAUACCAAGCUCUGCAACUCUCUAUGGAAGAGUUUGCAAUGCCAGUCGAGGACUGGAUGGCACUGGCCGUCAUCAAAGACAUGGCGUCCAGUCCGCCGGAGGUUCCGGCCCCGCGGCUUCUGCGGGACUUGCAUGAGUUUUCCGAUGAGAUACGCGCUCGGGCGCUUAUCCCGGGAAGAGGCAUAGACUUUCAGGAGUGGAAGGACCUCGCCGAUGAGAUGAAAAGAGGCUUACACAGCCUGGGCAUCACCGCGCUCGCAGUCGAGCCUUCGUCGUGA